AUGACAGAGUCUUCCCUCUAUAGCAUUAGGGAGAGAUGCAUUGACAGUUUUCUUUAUUUAACAACAACACAGGACGCAUCGUUAUACGGUGCAGAGAAAGAGAUUGAAAAUAUUGGACACACCAUUCAAAAUAUCCAAGCUGUACUUGCUGAUGCAGAGGAGAAACAGGUCCAUGACGUUGCAAUCAGAAGUUGGCUCAACGAGCUUGAAGAUGUUGUUUAUGAUGCUGAUGAAUUGCUCGACCAAGUCAUCGCACAAAAUACUAUGCUUAACACUACCACGACCAAACAGGUACAGCAUCAAUUUGGAGGCCCGCAUGAAUAUCCUCAAGUUGUGACUAAGGUGACGUAUUCUGAUCUACCUGGAGAAGUAAUUAUUGGGAGGGACUACGAAAAAUACCACACCCGAAAUAUUUUGUUUGAUACCCAUGUUGAAGAAGAUGUGUCUGUUAUGGCCAUUGUAGGCACCGGAGGAUUAGGAAAAACCGUGCUGGCUCAACUCGUGUUCAAUGAUGCGCUGGUGAACCAACAUUUUGAUUCGACUAUUUGGGUCCAUGUCUCUAAAGACUUUGACACGAGGUUGCUUGCACAGAAGAUCAUUGAAUCUUCAACUAAAAAGAGCGCCAAACACCUCCACGAUGAAGGUCAAUUGCAUCGUGACCUUCAAAAAGCGAUAAAUGGAAAAGGUUGCUCCUUGUACUGGAUGAUGUCAGGGUUGAGGAUAGAGCUUAAGCUUAGUUAUGAUAAUCCCCCUGCACGUUUGAAACAUUGUUUUGCCUAUUGUGGGAUAUUCCCUACACAAUAUGAAAUCGACGUGGAAACCUUAAUAAAUCUUUGGAUAGCACAAGGGUUUAUUUAUCCAUCACGAGAACAAAGUAUGGAAGCUGCGGCUUAUGAGUAUUUUCUUUAUUUACUUUGGAGAUCUUUCUUUGAAGUGGCUGAAAGAGAUGAGGAUGGCACUGUAACCAAGUGCAAAAUUCCAAGCCUCAUGCGAGAUGUUGUGGUACUUGUAGCAGGAACAAGGUUAGCCACAUUGAAGGAAUAUGACGAGUACAAGAUUGAUAAUAAAACAACUCUAUCACAUCUCGUUUCACUUUCGUUUAGAUUCGUCAUGGAAAAUUCCAACUUCCUUGGGAUCGAAGUAGUACCAAAUUCCAUUGGCAGAUUGAAGCAUUUAAAGUUUCUUGAUAUCUCUAAAAAUGUAGCUAUCAAGUCAUUGCCUAAUUCAAUUACAAUGCUGCCUUAUUUGAUGAUGCUGAAACUCUCCUUGUGUUUUGGACUCCAAGCAUUGCCGAGAAAUAUUAAGCAAUUAGUCAAUCUCAAACAUCUUGAGAUUGAUUGGUGCUAUAGUUUGAUUCAUAUGCCUAGUGGCUUGGGUGAGCUAACUCAACUUCAAACAUUGUUAGAAUUUGUAUUGAACAAGGGCAUCAAUUCAUCCUCGCUAAAUGAAUUAAGAAGACUAAACAAUUUGAGAGGAGAGCUGAAAGUUAAAAAUUUGGGAAAUGGCAUAGAUUGUCAGGCUGCAAUAUUGGAGGAGAAGAAGCAUCUUAGAUCCUUAACACUAGCUUGGGAUUUUGAUGUCAAUGCCAAAACAACUGAAAAGCAAUUAGAAUGCCUCAAGCCACACACCAAUCUUAAAGAACUGGCUCUAGUCAGCUAUAUGGGUAUCAGGGUAUUGGUACUCGAUGAGAUGACUGAGUUGAAGUGUAUCUCCAGCAAGUCUACGAAUGAAUCAACAGAAGUCUUGCCAUGCCUAGAAGAACUUAGGCUUACAGAAUUGCCUAAUCUAGAGGGCUGGUGGGGGGAUAUCGACAAUGGAGAUGGAAGUUCUUCCAUCUUAAGAACAACAACAUCAUUGCCGUCAUUUCCUCGCCUUUCUAAACUGAUCAUUGAGGAUUAUCCAAAGCUGAGCUCCAUGCCACUUUACUCGAAUUUGGAAGAAAUGGAUAGUGUUGGAUAA